AUGGCGGAGGCUAAGGAAGAGGAUGAGGAGGACGAGAGGCCGAGGCCCACGCCGACCGAGAGCCGCCUGAGGGAGGCCGUCGAGCGCCAAUUGGCGGCGGCGGCCGAGCGCGUCCUGCGGCUGCUGCUGGAGGAGCGGCCGAGCCCGGACGCGCGCCGCCUCAGGCGCCUGCUCGCCGACGCCCUCGCCGCCGCCGUCGACCCCAUCUUCAGCGAGUACGAGGCGGGAGCGAGAGCCGUAGCGCCCGCGGGAGAGGCCGAGCCGGGGGAAGCGGGCGAGGUGAAGUCCUUCUCCCUCCUCCGGCGCGUGGCCGGACGCGCCCGGGAGGCGGAGCCCGCCCGGGGCCGUCCGCCGGGCUCCCAGCGAAGGACCUGCCGGGUCUGCGGUGAGGGGUUUCCCUCCGGCGGGGCCAGGGAUGCGCGCCGCGGGCCCAUCUCGUGCCCGGCGUGCGGGAAACGCUUCUUCGAUCAAAAGGGAAACAACCCUCGGAGCGGCGGCGCGGACGACAGCAGAAGAUGCGGGCCCGGCGACCGCCCGAACGACGAGCGUCCCGGCUCUGACCUCGGGGACGGCGUCCAAUUUAGCGUUCCCGUCCGGGACGACGGCGCCCAAUUUAGCGUUCCCAUCCGGGACGACGGCACCUUCCCGUGCGAGGCGGCGCCGCCGCUGUCGUCGUGCCAAGCGUGCGGCAAGGCCUUUCCCGGCAAGAGGGCCCUGAACCGCCACGCCAGGCUGCACACAGGCGAGCGGCCCUUCAUUUGCGAGUUCUGCGGCAAGACCUUUGCCGAGAGGGCGGUCCUAAAGCGGCACCUGAAACGACACGCGGGCGGCGGGCCGCGCACCCACGGCUGCGAGGCCUGCGGCAAGACCUUCGCCACCGCCCAACACCUGCGCGUCCACCAGAGGAUCCACACGGGCGAGAAGCCCUACGCCUGCCCGGCCUGCGGCAAAAGCUUCCGGCAGGCGGGCAACCUGUCGGCGCACGCCAAGAUCCACUCGGGCGAGAAGGCCUUCGUCUGCAGCCUGUGCGGAAAGAGCUUCCGCCAGAAGAUCUCGCUGGAGACGCACGAGCGAUUCCACCGGCAGGAGCGGGCCUUCGCCUGCCCCGACUGCCCCAAGCGCUUCGUGCAGAAGGCGGACCUCAAGCGCCACGCGCUGACGCACUCGGGCGAAAAGCCGCACGCCUGCCGCCUCUGCCACAAGCGCUACCGGGAGAAGCGCUCGCUGGAAGCGCACGCCAAGGCGCACGCCCGCGCUUGCCUGACCUCAGACGGCGGCCGAGCGACGAGCGCGCUUGUUUGA